AUGAACCGUUUUUGCCGUGACUUUGCCGCCCUCAAGACCGAUGUCAAGCCGAAGUACAAAACCGUGCGUCGAGACGCGUACACCGUCGACCGAGGGGCCGUGAAGCUGCUGAGGAAAUGCCACGGCUUCACGACAACGCUGCGCCCGAGCCACGAGAUCGAGAGGAUGUCAAAGAACAACCUCUACGAGGGUUGGGAGGACUACGAGCGCGACCCGACCAACGAGACGGGCGCCCUCCACCGUUUACGGUAUGUGAGGGAGAAGCUCGUCACCGGGUCGCAGCUCCGGGACGUCUUCGGCCCGGCCGACGUCUUCUGCGGGGCUGGCGACUACAGCAAGAUCCUCAGCCAUCUCCAGCGGAAGCCUGAAAAGCCCCUCGACAUCUUGGUUGUCCGACUCGGAGACCGCCUGUUGCUGAACUUGGCGGAGCCGUGGCGCGGCGACGUCGAGGCCCCGCUCACCGACGAGGAAAAGAAGCAGCGAAUCCUCGGGCAGAACUUGGAGAAGUUCACGACGACCGAGGAGCACUGGCGGGACGUCACGCAGGGUGAGGGCGACGUCAAGAACUUCCGGUACUUCGUCGACGCCGUCUCGACCGGAAAUGGGCCCACCAUCCUGGUGGCCCAUGAAGUGGACCACGUCCACUACGACGGCGCCCGCUCCGUCGACACCAAGACGUUCUGUGCGCCGGGCUUCAGUGUGAAGCGCCCGGCCGUGGAGCAGCUGAAAGCAGGACACAUCCUCCAAUGGGUAGGUGCUCCACGCCGCGCCUCAGACGUGACGCUAUGCCGUCGGGUUCCACUCGGGCAGCCAGCUCCCAGAAGGCCGCCUUCAUCCCACCCCGACACCAUCAUGGACAAGCGACGAGAGGAAGAUUCGCCGCAACUACAGCGCGGCGCGCGCCUUAAUACCGACGACUUUUUCCGGCAGCUGAAGGACCUCGUGCCGGGCGAGCCCUUCUUCAAGAAGCGCAAGCGAUACGCCGAUAACUACAACCAAGCGCUCGCUAAGGGGACCGACUUCUUCGGAAAGCUGCUAGAGAAUUUGUCCGGCGGGUCCUAUUGGCAGAUCACCAUCGUUGGGAAAGAAUGCACGGCAAAGCCACUAGACAGUCUCUCAGAAAUCGCUAGCGGAAUUCUGCCCACUCAUGAAGAUAAGAGGGAGCAGCUUCAACUGUUAUUUGAAAAAAUUCUAAACCGCACGAGCGGUGCCAAAGCCGCGCAAGGCGCACCGCCAGAUGCGAACAACAUCGAGCCGAUCACGUGGACAAUUCAA